GUUGAUAUUGGUACGCAACGUAAGCUGUUCAACUUCAACCUCCCUGGAGGGCCGUUCACUGUGAAUACAAGCAGCAACGGUCGGUAUAUGGUCGUGGGCUCUCGCGGUGGGCAGUUUACGGUCAUAGAUCGACACAGUAUGAACCCUCUGUGUUCGGAACAGCUGGACGAGCCCAUUUUGGAUGUUGCCUUCUUACACGAUCACACUCUGUUUGCGGCGGCUCAGCGAAAAUACACGUACAUAUACGACUCAGCUACUGCUGCUGAGGUACACUGCCUGAAGGAUCAUCUUAAUACUACACAUUUGGAGUUCCUGCCAAGGCAUUACCUCCUAGUGAGCGCAUCGGAGACUGGAGAAAUACGGUAUAGGGAUGUGGUAGUAGAAAGGGCGCGGCC